AUGGAACAGGCCUUGGAGCUCUACCGACAGGGUAUCGCUUUGAUACUUGAUCUCCGUGCCCAAGUCGGCCAUGGAGGAGUAUCUAGCAGUAAGGCUGUUCUGUUGGAACGUAGCAUUGUGCCCUUAUUUCUACGACUGGGCACAAGUUCCCUGACCAUUUCGGGGACUCGGUUUCCUAUUGAAGUUUUCGGAUUUGUAGACACAGAUACGAGCGUUGGCUUCACAUCUGUCGAUUCCGCAAGAACCAUUAUGUCCGCCCUAGCCGCGGAAGUGAUCCUCUUUGAGCGCGAGGCGAACUUACACCUUCGGGCAGUUGGUAGCGAGUCCGCUGUAAGCCCAGAAAUGGUCGCAAAAAAAGAAGCACUCCGAACCCGUCUCACUGAGUGGCAUCGGGCAUACACCAAUCUUUGUCAAAGCAGCAGCUUCAUACCCACUGUCCCCAUAUACCCAGAGCCCAUCCUGCUCACAUAUCAUGCUGCUGCUUUGGUUUAUGUGACAGGAUGCUUAAGGCAACAGGAAACCGUUUUCGAUGUCCAUUUCGCAGACUUUGUUACUAUCGUCGAGCAGUCUAGAUUGAUUCUCGACGCCUCAGCCGGUUCAAACGGGGCCCAGCCUCCAUUCACCUUUGAGAUGGGUGUGGGUGUCCCUCUCGCCAUGACUGUGUUGAGAUGUCGUGACCCAAACUUGCGUCGAAGGGCCUUGGAUCUAUUGCGGCUAGCGCCUCCAAUACAAGGAUUUUUCAAAUGCGCCCCCGUGGCUCUUUUGUCAGAAGCGUUGAUGAAGCUGGAGGAGGGCUAUGGCCUUGCUCUGACGCAAGAGAAUACAGCAUCGCUUUCUCAUAAAGUUCUCGACAACAAACCUGUAAUGACACUUGAGGCAAGCGGGUCACAAGCAGCAGCACUUAUCCCUGAAGAGGCUCGUAUACAUGACUAUAGUAUCUUCAGGCCGAAUGAGUGGCAACCUCCAUGGAUCACCGAGGAAGAUAUUGCACCGUUUCCACAUGGUCCGAACCAACUAUAUCUGGGAUUUUCAAGAAACCAGUAUGACAAGGAAAGCAGCACUUGGCAGCCGAUCUUUCAAUGCAUACCGUUAGAGGCCAGCUUAUGA